AUGGGUGAGCUUAAAACCGGUAGAGGCUUGAAUCAAGAACUUGGUCUUUCAAGAGCUUGUGAUACUCGUUGGGGAUCUCAUUACAAAUCUUUUAAAAAAUUUAUUCUUAUGUUUGACUCUGUUCUUGAUGUUCUUGAAGCACUUGUUGUUGAUGCACAUUUGAUGGAUGAGAGAGCCAAGGAGCAAGAUAUCGCAAAUGCCAUGCUAAUUGUAGAAGUAGCAAAGAGAAGGUUGCAAAGUUUAAGAGAAGAUGAUUGGGAUUCACAUUUUGAAAAAAUUAUUGAUUGGCAAAUUCAAGAACUCAAUGGUCGUUUUGACGAAGUGACUGCUAAUUUGCUUCAUGGAGUUGCUUGUUCGAAUCCAUUUGACUCAUUUUCUAGUUUUGACAUCAAGAAGUUCAUGAAAAUGGCUAAAUUAUAUCCUGAUGACUUUGAUGAGGUUAGUAUGGGUGCACUUGAGAAUCAACUUGCGACAUACAUUAUUGAUGUCUGGGAUAUUGAUGAAAGGUUCUCCAAUUUGAAUGAACUUUGUGAUCUUUCAAGAAAAUUGGUUCAGACAAAGAAACAUUUAAACUUCCCUCUUGUAUUUUGCUUGGUGAAAUUUGCUUUGCUUUUGGCAGUUGCCACUGCCUCGGUUGAAAGAGCUUUUUCGGCAAUGAAGUUUAUCAAGAAUGACAUGCGGAAUCGAAUGAAUGAUGAACUUUUGAGUGGUUGCUUGGUGCCUUAUGUAGAAAAAGAUGCUGUGCGAUUGGUUCGUGACAUAGCUCAGGACUUCAAGAUUGAUCUCCGCUUUCAGAGUUCAAUUAUGGCUGUGCUUCAGGAAGCUUCUGAUGACUUCGGCGUUGAAAUAAAAGAAGGGUGA